AUGUAUUUCCAACGAGCAACUAAUUCUGUGCAAAGAAACGUUCCUUCAGCUUAAACACAAAUAGCCAUCAGCAAUCAAUAAUAUGUAUUGAAUAUUAUAGAUUUUAGCUAUCUCCUGUUGGCAAGUAUUCUUCUGCUCAAAGUUAAGCGAAGUCAAUAUAGGAGACUCCUAAUGGGAAUUUCGUUAAGGAACAACUUGAUUCAUUAUAUAUCAACCUGAAGAAGGAAAAUUAAGUUCUAAAGGAGAAACUAUCAAUGAUUAGCUCAUAAGUUGAGGAAGCAGAACAAAAAUUAUAACUAUAUAAAAAAAUCUGAAAUAUAUUAUGGAAAAUUAAAAGUAUGC